GACGGAGAUGAGAGAGAGUGUGCUUCUUUUUCACAGGCCAUGGAUUUGGAAUUUACUUUGGGAAACGUAUUAGUCUCUGCCUCUGCGUCAUUUUCCAAAAUUCCAUUCAAAGCACGCACUUUAAUAUUCCAAAAAGAAAAGAAGAGAAAGAGAGAUUUCCAAAAUAGAUCCCAAUCUCCCUCUUUCAAGCAACACAUUCACUGUAUUUAUGUCUUUUUAUCAUUUUUAAAUUCAAAUUUCUCCUUUCCUCAAUUCAUGUAUGUAUAUAUACAUAUUUCAUGUCGAGUAAUCUGAGGAGAACUUGAGAGAAAGAGAGGAACCUUAAAAUAUGGCGACACUGCAGAAAUUCAAGCUGCUCGCUACGCAAUGCGGCGUGGCGGAGAGUCCAACACGAAGUCCCAGAACAAGUCCUAUCGUCCACCUCCGCAGCCGCAAGAAAACCACUCUCCGCAUGCUUCUCACCCGAAGCUCCGGCUCUGGCCGACGGUCACCUCGCCGACAUGAGCCAUCGCCGAUUCCUCACCAGCAACGUCUCCUUCCACCGCUGCCGGAGAAAAAGAGAGACACCUUAAAGGACUUGUUUGUGUCGUCUCCGUCAUUUGAAGAAGAAGAAGAAAACAAAGAUAAGGUUAGAGAAAUGAUUGGAGGCAAGUGUGAAGUGUUUCGGAUGAGAGUGAACGGUUUAGGAGCUGAACUGGCCGGUUCACCUCGACCGGGAUGGAUCGGUUUUAGACAUAGGUAUCUGAUUAGAAGAGCUUGGCGACCUAUGCUAGUUGGUAUUCCAGAAGAAGAAGAGUAAAAUUAACUUAACCGAAUUAUGAAGAAGAAGAUUAUUUCUUCUGUAGUAAAUAAUUUUUCCAUUUUUCUUGAAAUCGAAUUUUGUAGUUUUUGGCCUUUUUAUUUCCCAAUAUAUAAUAUUUCUAAAUAAAUUAAGAACAUUUG